AUGGGUACCAGUGGACCCCAUUUCAAGCGAAAUCGAGACUUCUGCACCCCUCUAGUCUAUUCAAAGGAGGUGAUACUACCUGAUCCUGUCCCAUUGGAGGCUGUCUCUGACCCGAUCCCAGCACUCUGCUGUCAAACCAUCGUCUUCCUUUCGAAACCGUCCGAGACCAUUUCCAAGAGUCCCUCGUCCGGGAUGCGAAAUCCUUACUUAUCAGCCUCGAUGUUGACCGACGAGGCCGGAGUCCCUGCGCCUGUUCUUCUAGCAGCUCCUAUGGGAUUCGCAGCCUUUAACACGAUGAGAUGUACGCUCCACUCACUGUUCAGCCUCCCGCUCAAGCUCGCCGGGGAGUAUGUCGCCCUCAGUAGUGACAUCCCCGAGGCCGUCCAGCAGGUCUUCCGGGGUGUCCGGUACCUGGGCUAG